CGCAAAAGCAAGGUAGGAAUUGCUCCGAAUACGCGCGCUUUCCGGCGAGCAAAGGUGUCGAGGCGUUACGUCUGCGACCAUUUGGUAGUAGCGCACGCAAGGGCAGCGAGCACGUCAGGGCAGCAUCCCAAGGCACAGCCCCUGCAGGAACUACAAGGGCAGCCGUCGCAUCGGGCUGCCAAAGGAACCAUGAUCACGGACAUGGAAUACCGCGCCCACGACCACGAGCACGAGAGCUUCGGCGACCUGACAAAAACAUCAGAAAAGCCGGGCAAGUUGUCAGCCGCGGCCGCGACGGCGCUCAAAAAAGACAAGGAGAAAGUAGAACACGCCCUCGCCAAGGCCGCCUACAACUUCAUUGACCUGGUGAAGGUUGUGGGCUAUUAUGUGAUCGGAUGUUUGGUGCUGAAAUACCUUCCCAAGGAAAACAUGGGCCUCCGGGAAUCGAUCUAUUUCCUCACGGUGACAUUAACGACGAUAGGCUACGGCGACGUCGUUCCCGAGUCCGACGGUGCGAAGAUUUUUAUGAUGUUUUGGAUCGUGGUGGGGUUAGCUGCUGUUUUCCCUGUCAUCAUCAAGGCGGCGGACCACGUCGUGCGGCGGAUGGAACGAAUAGCCAUGCAUCUGGUAGAUAACGACCCCGAUGAUGAUUAUGACCCUUUAUGGGUCAAGGGCGUUAUAGCUAUCAUCAUGAUCGUGAUCCCGUUGGCGGUCGGGAAUAUCUACUUCUUCACGCGAGAAAAUAAGUGCGGGUGGAGCGAGCUCGACGCUUUAUGGAUGACCUUCGUGACGAUGACUACGGUGGGCUACGGCGAUUUGGCACUGUGCGACAAGGAGCAGGACCAGUUGUUUGUGACCGUGUUUGCGAUUCUUUCCGUUGUUCUGGUGGCCGGCGCGAUCGGCACGCUCGGCAAUCUAUACGCGGAGAACGAUAGGCAAAACAGGGAAGCCAAGAUGCUGGCGUCCUUCGACAUGGACAUGAUCAAGGCCCUGGACCAGGACGGCGACGGCGUCGACAAGAACGAAUAUGUGUUGGGGAUGUUGAGUGCGCUGGGGCACUUGGACGGCGAGAUCGUGGCGCGCUACGAGAAGCAGUUCAACUCGUACGAUGUCGAUGGGAGUGGUCGCCUGACGGAAGCCGACUUGGACGCGAUCAACGAAGUCAUCAAGCGGAAGCAAGAGGACCGCAACUCGCCUUCAAGAAGACGGUCGUCGUCGGCCGACUCGCCGAUGACGGCCGAGGAGAAGACCGCGGAGCUGACGACGCCUGAGCGGCCGGCGCGGCGCGUGAAUUUUGGGGCAGCGGACGCGAACGUGCUGUCGCCGCGGUACGCGGAGUGCUAAUACUGUUC